AUGUGAUAUAAUAAUAAAACAUAGAAAAAGUGUGCCCUUUUGAAGUUAAACCCUGGGGUGGGGUGGGGUGGCUGGUGUAAUGUAAUGUAAUGAGGUUUCUGACUGAGUUCCUAUAAAACCCCCCUCCUUCCUUCUGGUUUUCAGCAGAGCAGAGCAGAGUGCAGUGCAGGCUGCUUCUUCAACGCUUGCGUUUUCUACGCAUCAAAUCCACCUCCCUUAAUUGUGUUCUUCCAGUUCAGAACAUCAUUCAUUGUAAAAGUGAUGACUACUCAGGAGGAGGAUUCUGGUUCUGGUUGGGAUAAUACAACUGUAGCUGAUCUUGCAAAACUAUUUUCAGACACCUUACAUGCGUGUUUUCGUAACGCUAUUAAAAAGAUCAGCCAGAAUGGUUACAGCAAGGACACUGCUGAGGAAACGGUUUUGAAAUGUGGUCCAUUUUAUGGCGGCAUCAAUGACGACAUGGUCUCAUCUAUAGCCGAUCGUGCUUUGGAUUAUCUUCAAAUCAGAAACUGUCAUACAUGGUACAGAUUUGAUGAUAUUCACAGAUUGGUGGAGUAUAUGAUGCUGGAGAUGGUGACUAUGCUAACAUAUAUUAAACCGUCUCUAUCUGUUCAUGAAGCAAUGUGGACUCUUUUGAUAUGCGAUUUGAAUGUACAUGUUGCAAGUGAGGCUGAAUUUGACCCUCACAAGUGCUUCAUACGUCGUAGUCCUUCAAAACCGCAAACUCAAACUGAAACUGAAAUCCCAUCUCCAGAUCAAGAAGAAACCAUAGCGGCCUUAAACCUUACUAAACCCCCCGGGAGAAGUGAUGAAAAAUGUCGAUGCUGUAAAAAAUGGUGCUCGGGGAACAAAAGAAAUUUAACUUCUUUUGAAAAGGCAUUUAAGGGACAAAUGUCAAAGAAAGCCCUAAAGGCAAAAAUCGUUAAUCUGGUAGACAACAAACAGUCACCAUCUGUAAGUAAGGAAAACCCUUUAAAAGAAAUCGAAGAAGAGAAACCAAAAGUCACAACACCAAAGCCUUUUAAAACUGCUGAUUAUUAUUUGGCGGGAAUCCCGUUUGAUGAAUCCAAGGGUGAGCAUGUGCCACAAGAUGACCAGGAUAAAAUGAUACUGACUGCAGUUGCUCAACUUCAAUCAUUGCAGAAACAAGUUAAAAGUUGGGAUGAUUGGGCUAGUGUGAAGGUGAUGCAAGUAGCUAACAGGCUUAGUCAAGAUGGGCCCGAAAUAAAAAAACUGAAAGCAGAAAAGGUGGAAGCAGAGAAUUUAAAGAAAGAUAAAGAAGCUACGGAAGAGAGUACAAAAAAGAAGCUCUCAGAAAUGACAGCUGCACUGACUACUACUGAUUGCCAGUUUAAGAUGUCUACUUCAACUAUUGCGAGGCUGGAGUCUGAAAAUUCAGUCUUGAAACGUGACAAGGAAAGAGCUGAAAAACGAAGCCUGAUUGAAGCUAACAGUUUGGCGGAAGCCCUGUGUAAAGAGCUGGAAGUGUUAAAGAAGUCUGAAUUGUGUGGGUCUGAAAAGAAGUUAUUGGAGGAAGAGCUUAAAUCACUGAAACAGGAAGUGGGUCCAAAUCAACGAGACCUUGACAAGGCUAAACUUCUUCUUAAAGAGACAGAGACCAGAUUAGCACAGGAAGAACGGGAAGCAGCUAAGUUUUAUGAAGAGGCUAAAUCAAUAAGAAAUGAAAGAGAACGGCUGGAGGCAUUGGCAGAGGCAGGUGGUGAGAGGGCUAUGAAAAGGGCCGCAAAAGAGUUGAAAAAAGUUGAAACUGAAAUUAAGAGACUUGAGUAUGAGAUUGCUGCACUGAACUUAGAAGCAGAAACCAAGAAAAUUGCAGGCGGCAUGAGCUGGCAAUUAGGGUGUGAAGGUUUGAGUCAUGACGAGUGUGUGAUGUGUUUGAGCGAAGAAAUGACAGUGCUUUUUGUUCCAUGUGGACAUCAAGUUUUAUGUGAUGAAUGCAAUGUGAUCCAUGAAGAUAAUGGAAUGAAGGAGUGUCCGUCUUGCAGGACUCCAAUUCAGAAGAGGAUCAACUGCUUGUUUGCUAAAUCUAACGCUAACUUUUGACUUGUUUUUUCAAAGAAUGAAGUCGGCUUUCCAUUUCAUGUUAAAGAAAUAGAUGGUAUAGCAGAGGCCAACAACUGGCUUCUUGAGAUAGUGAACAGAAGAAACAUGUAUGUACAUUCAAGUUAUUUCUUUUUACAUCUAAAAUUGUGUCUGGUGAAAAUUGCUUAUUGAUGAUCAAUGUAUGAAAGCAAAUGCAGUUUGUUACUAGUUGACCUCUGUUAUAUCCCCUGAAAUGCAUUAUUCUUUCUUGGCAAAUAUGCCCCAAAUGAAAUCCAAACAAAAAGGGAAAUCAGAUUUAGUGAAAUGAGCAGUGCAGUGCCAGCCACACAAAGAAGUUGAUGACAAGAACCAUUGACUACUACUACUACUACUACUAGUGUAGCUUCCUCGUUCCCCUCCCCCUCUCCACUGCAGAACCACAUCGCUGGCCACUGCAGUCUCCGUCUCCAUUUGCUGCUGCUCACCGAGUCCUCCACUACUUUGUAAGUUUUAAUACCCUUUUACAUGAAACUUCAUUGUGAUUGUUCGACACCUGGUGUACUAAGUUAAAACGUCUCGAAGCGUUGGGUUAUUUUUCGAAGAGCCUGGCCGCUAAUAGAUUUGUGUGCUUGAAUCUGCCUUCAAAUUGAUUUUUCACUGCAAGCUUUUAACAUUUUCAUGAAUUUGCUAUUUUCAUAAGGUGUUUGUGGAUAAAGGAACCAGUCAGUUAAUAGG